AUAACUUCUAAUGAGAUUCAUAUUGCAUUUUCUUUAGGCCACGAGAACGAUUGUGUUUUUGAUAUGCAUAUUUAAUGCCACAAUUUGUCACAUUUUCUUUUUUGUUUGUUAUCUAAUUUCACUUUCGUAAAUAAAACUCGAAGCCUAACUAGUCCUAUUGUUCGAUUUUAUUUCAAAAGCAAAAUCACAUUAACAACUUUGUAAAUUUUUACCGAACGAGUUGCAUUGCAUCAUUGCAAUUUGCAACUUGCAAAUAAAAAUAAAAAAGAAAAAAAGAUAAAGAUUAAAAAAAAAAAAAAUUUGAGCAGACGCGGUGAGUUUUCCUGUCAUUGCAGAGUGUGGCUCAGACUUACCGGCUUACCUUAAACAUUAAGAUUCAAAAGCACAAAAUAAUCUUUUAUUCUGCUUGAUUCUUGUCAUAUUUUACAGAUUAAUCAAACAAAGUUUUUACAAAAUUUCAGCGAUUUCAACAAGUUAACGAUGAUCGCUGAGUUGAUAUGCGGUUUAGUUUUCUACCGCAUAUUGAAGCGAUUUUUCUUCGACGACGACGCCCAAUUAGAUCUUGAUUCCUCCCGUUUCAAUGUCCUUUUUGCCGUCGCUAAGAGGUUGGAGAAGCUUUAUGUAGGAAGCAAAGUUUACGUAGGCCUCCAAAUUCCAGACCCUGAUUCUGCUUCUCGCAAGAAUAUUGAUCUUGUUCUUGUCACUAAUCGGGAGGCAACAUUGAUUUCUGUAACGAACAUAUCAGGUUUUGUAUCAGUAGAUAAGGAUGGUAAUUGGGUGUGCACUGACAGGAAGAAUCGAAGAACUGAGUGCCUUCCGGAUCCUGUAGCUGAAACCGAACACUUAGUUUCCAUUCUUGAAGGGUACCUUGAACAGAGGGGAGUUGCUCUUCCAGAAGGAUAUUUAUCUUAUAAAGUCAUAUGCCCUAACCCAAAUUUUUGCCAAUCAAACCCCUUUCCAUCUGAGGUCAUUACUUAUGCUCAGUGGGCACAAUUAAAACCGGAGCAAAAAAGUUCAUAUUCUGGAUGGAUCAAAGAUGCACUUUUUCGUGGGAAGAAAUCACAGGAGUCAUUUUCCGAGAAGCUCAACUCUGUUCUCUGUACUGCUCCAACAUGUGAUAGGUUAGAGGUCAAAGGUAAUAAGUGUAUUUUGGGAGAAUUUCUGGAAUUUAAAGGUAAACAAGAUGACCUUCAGGCGUUAAGAAAGAUCAAAAGAUCGAAAGUUAGUCAUUUGACUGUUCAGAAGACGAGCAUGUUUGCUUUUGCUCAUACGGAGGUCCAAGUUUCGUUUGCCUUGCGUGAUUAUCGCGUUGAAGGACCUUCUUGGUCAUCACAAUGGCAAGAAGUUGAUGUCAGAUCGAGCACAGAGGUAGUUUUUCGGCCACAGAACUCUACUAGAUUGUGCAAGUAUAAGCUUUCUACAAUUACUUCGAUCUCACUGAGCGUCUGAGCACCCCACCUGGGUAUAGUAUCCAUCACACAUAUGAGGCAACAGUUUUAAGUGGUAGAUUACUAUUCUCUUCCUCUGCUUGAAUGCAUGGAUCUAAUCCAAGGCUUUGUUAUGUAAAUUUAUGAGUGUGGAUUAAUAUUAGAAAGUAGCAUAUUGAUCCUUCUUACAUACAUGGUGGCUUUUUAAGGUUUACGCGUGCUUCUAUAGUCGACAUCUCGUCUUCGUCGUUCUCCAUUUCAAGCUUGUAAUGUGUAUAUACUGUCUUUUAUAGCUACAUCCGGUAAAUACGCUUAGAUGUAUCAAUUGAUUAUAUAAGUUUGCCUUGUUGAA